ACAACUAUCAUCUGUGGCGCGCACGUGUUUUUACUUUUGAACGGCACAAAUGUUUACAAAUUAAAUAUUACCAAAACUCUCACAAAAUGCCUGCAACAAUACACAACGACUUGCUGGUGUACAAAGGCAGUAACUUCUUUAGGCAAAGACUGUUAUUGGCUACACUGAGUGGUCGUGCAAUUAAAAUAGAAGAUAUAAGAAGUACGCAUGAUGACCCGGGUCUGCGAGAGUAUGAAGUGAGCUUAAUCCGGUUGUUGGACAAGGUGACGAAUGGAACGAGGGUGGAGCUGAGUCAGACGGGUACCUCGGUGUACUACCAGCCUGGUAUACUGGUGGGAGGGCAAGUUACACACAACUGUAGUACACAGCGGGGUAUAGGUUAUUAUCUAGAAAUCUUACUGGCCCUGGGUCCCUUCUGCAAGGAACCAAUGAAUGCAGUGCUGCAAGGCGUCACACACAGUGCUCUCGAUGUGUCAGUUGACAAGAUAAAGGCAGCAGCAUUACCACUGUUACUAAAGUUCAUAUUGGUUGAUGAUGGACUGGAACUAAAAGUUGUCAGAAGAGGUGCUCCCCCUCUUGGUGGAGGUGAAGUAGUUUUCAAGUGCCCAGUACGGAGGCAUUUACGACCUCUGCAGUGGACUAAAUGGGGCCGUGUGAAGAGGAUACGAGGAGUUGUGUAUGCAUUGCGUGUGUCACCUACAAUGGCUAACAGAGUGGUUGAUGCAGCUAAAGGGGUGAUGUUGAACUUCAUCCCAGAUGUGUACAUCAACACAGACCAGUGCCGCGGCUCCAACGCCGGCAAGAGUCCCGGCUUCGGUGUCAGCCUGGUUGCCGAGACUGAUGACAAGACAUUCUAUUGUGCUGAGGCUAAAUCAACAGUCGCUGGCGCCGGUGAGAUCACACUACCUGAGGACCUGGGCCGGGAGUGCGCUCAGCGCUUGCUGGAUGAGAUCUACCGCGGCGGCGCCGUCGACUCCUGCUUCCAGUGGCUGCUCGCGCUCUGGAUGGCGCUCGGACAGAAGGAUGUCAGCGAAUGCAUUGUGGGUCCCCUAUCAGACUACACGAUAACUUUCCUGCAACAUCUGAAAGAGUUCUUUGGCGUGAUGUUCAAGCUGGAAGUGCAACGCUCAGGGUCUGAUGAUGAAGACUCUGAUGACGAGGGCGUCACACCCGCCAGCAAGAUUAAAAUGACGUGCGUCGGUAUAGGUUACGUUAAUAUUAGCAAGAGGACUCUGUAAAUAUAGUUUUUAAGAUAGAA